ACAACCUCUUCUGCGAGACGACACAAAGUUUCCUACUUACUCCGCGCCAACGAGACGAGACUAUCCACUUCCACAGAACCAGGCUUCUUCACCGGCAACAUGUCUGACACACUCACCCCAGAAGUCACUUGGGCACAGCGCUCAUCCAAGUCCGAACCCGAGAAGAACUACAUCUAUCUCACCAUCGUCGCGACCGAUAUCCCCGAGAAGGAAAUGAAGCUGGAUCUGCAACCCACUUCGCUGAGCUUCAAGGGCACCUCCACGUCAAAGAAAGUCACAUACGCGGUGGACCUCGAGUUCUUCGCCGAGAUCGACCCCAAGGAGACCAAGAUUCACCACACGGGCCGCGACAUCGAGAUGGUGCUGCGCAAGAAAGAGCUCAAAGAGGAGUAUUGGCCUCGGCUGCUCAAGGACAACAAGAAGAUGCAUUUCUUGAAGACGGACUUUGAGAAGUGGGUCGACGAGGACGAGCAAGACGCCGUACCGGACGAUGAGGACUACAUGUCGAAGAUGAACCCCAUGGGCGGCGGCGACGGCGGAUUUGGCGGCAUCGACUUCAGCAAGCUCGGCGCAGCCCAGGGCGCAGGCGGUCUCCCAGGUAUGGAGGGUGAAGAGCAGAGCAGCGACGAUGAAGAGGACGACGAGGACAUGCCCGAGCUGGAGGGGGACGACGCAGAAGGCGAGAAGAAGAAGGUGGAGGAGGUGAAAUAGACGGACAAAAGCCCGCCACCGGGCUAGAGGGAUGAUUGGGUAGGCUUGUGUACUACCACCGGCGAACUUUCUGGAUCCAUUGGGACGGGAACGCUGGAAUGGGCAAGCAUGCUUUUGUGUUCAAAGCUUGCUUUCCCGAGGGAUAGCUUGCCGGUGUAGUUGACGACCACGGUAUAUGAUCAAAAGAAUCCACUUCAUACUACUACUUGCUGCUGCCCGCCAGACAGUCACUUGAUGUUGUUUUGGUGAGAAUUGGUGGACCCGAGGAGUUUAGAGCCCCAAUGACUAAACAAAGAUACAUGCUG